AAGCAGCAUUGAUCCCUGAGAGUCUUUCGCGGGAAAUUCAGAAGGAACUGGACGUUUUGUCGUUUAGGUUACACUUUUGUUAAACUGCCUCGACGUUUUGGGGUGUUACUGAUACAGGCCGCAUCACAAAAUGUCCAAGAAGAAAGGGCUCAGUUUGGAGGAGAAGAGAACUCGUAUGAUGGAGAUUUUCUUUGAAUCAAAAGAUGUGUUUCAGCUAAAAGACAUCGAGAAGAUUGCUCCCAAGUCGAAAGGAAUCACUCCAAUGACGGUGAAGGAGGUGCUUCAAAGCCUGGUCGAUGAUAACAUGGUUGACACUGAAAGAGUGGGAACAUCAAACUAUUACUGGGCUUUUCCCAGCAAGGCCCUAAAUGCUCGCAAACACAAACUGGAGGAGCUGAAUAAACAGAUUUCUGAUGCUAAACAGCGAAAGGUGUCUCUAGAGAAAUCAGUCGACAAGGCAAAAGUCGGCCGUCAAGAUACGAAAGAAAGAAACUCUCUGAUGAAGGAGCUGCAGGCUCUGAGAGAGGAGCGAACACAGCUGCAAGCCGAGCUGGAAAAGUACCGCGACUGUGACCCAGAAGUCAUCGAGCAAAUACGAAAGUCCAACGGAGUGGCAAAAGAAGCUGUCUCCAGGUGGACAGACAACGUUUUUGCCAUCAAGUCCUGGACCAAAAAGAAGUUUUCUUUUGAUGAUGGCCACAUUAAUAAAGCCUUUGGCAUCCCAGAGGACUUUGACUACAUGGACUGAUUGGAAUAUUCAACCAAAACAGAAGAAAAAAUGUGUUAAAGAUUCUGUUUGAAGCUCAGUUUCCUAAAAGCUUCUGUUCUGGUUUCUGUUCUGAGCUUUAAAGUUAAAACAUGAAUGCACCACCGUUCAUUUUUACAGCCUGUAGUUAGAAGUAGGUGCUGUUUCAGCGUGCCAGAUGGACCUCAUCAGUGGAGAUACUGCUUGGGUGCAACCGGAGACAAGAUCAAGCCAGCCAUUAGUGACUGUGAGGGGUUCUGGGGUAGACACAAGUGAGCAGCUUGACUUCUUGGACACCUGUUUGCAUGAAAACUGAGAGCUCCAAACUGUUGAUGGAAAGAAAUCAACACUCAGUCAUCUGCAUCUCUAAUUGGUGCAUUUAUGUCUUAAACAGAUGUGUUGGGAUGGAAUAUUGGGUGAACCUUUUUCCUCUAGAUUUAAGAUUUUUCUGUUUUAUUCAGAACACAUCCAAAAGAAUAAAGCUACAGCUAUAUGUUUUGCCGUUAAUGUUAAAAAUAUUUAUUGGUUUUACUUUUAAAUAAACUGUUCGACAAGCUUGGCACAACUCGUGCAUAUUUGUGCAUCAAACCUGUUCUUUUGCUCAUCUUUUUGAGAAACUGCACCCGUGGUGUUGCACAAUCUGUCAUUGAAACAUUUCUUUCCCACUUUAUGUACCCAAAAAAAGUCUAGAAUGACUGUUAUGUUUUUUUCUCCUUCCAUGUUAGCUAAAACUAAUGCAAACCUUGUAUUUGGGUAUUCUGUGUUUACUCAUUCGACCUAGUUGAUAAAGUCGGUGUGCCUUUGGUUGGUUGAUUUAAAUUUCAAAUAUGCUCUGUGCAGGCAGGACGUUAGUGUGGUUUCAGCACCGCCUGUUCAUAGCAUGAAGGUCUAUGUUGAAUGUGCAGAUCUGUUUGUGAGCAGAUUGCCUUUUUUAUCUUCUACAGGGCUGCGUGGGCUCUUUCUGGGUUCUUUGGUUUCCUCACACAGUCAAAAAGCGUUCAAGUCAGAUUAAUCUACUAACUAAAUAAAACCUUGGUGUGUUAGACCUGUGAUACCGUGUCUCAAGUGUAACUCGUCUCUUUGUUAGGCAUGAACCACAAAGAUUUUUUUAAACACUUUGCAACAAUUUUUGCACAAAAGGUGAGUACUCUGUUGUUUUUGAGAACUGUAAAGCAACAUUUGUAGUUGUGCAAAUGCGAUCACUGCAGCAGCAUUAACGCAACAUGAGAAGAAAGAAUGUAGACUCCCAGCUGCAUGACACGCCCACGUGUGUGAGGUGUUGCUUCAUGUGUGUACCUGUCUAACCAGUCCUGACUGAUUCAUGCAGCCGACACGCUGAAUGUCAACACCAUAGAAGAUGUUUCAGUUUUCCUCAGCAACUUGGACUAUACCUGGAACUUCUGCUUAAAGUAUACCGCCUCCUAAGAUAUGGUUGGAUGGUUUCUGCUUGCUGUGUUUGAACACUGCUGGGAAGAUUAAGAGUUUCACAGAAACAUUUUGUAAUAAACUUGUUCUCAUACUUAGA